CACAGUUCCAUCAACACCCACAUCCACAUCUAACACAGUUCCAUCAACACCCACAUCCACAUCUAACACAGUUGCAUCAACACCCACAUCCACAUCUACCACAGUUCCAUCAACACCCACAUCUACAUCUACCACAGCUCCAACAACACCCACAUCCACAUCUACCACAGUUCCAACAACAUCCAUGGUGACAGACAUGGCAAAAUUGACCAGAACUACUCUCUCACAAUCAAUAAUACACACAAUACAAUGUUUACCAGAUGAGAAGCCCACAUGUCCAAAAUCUGCAAUGUUUCUUGAUGAAAAUGGUUGUGAGAAAUGGUAUUGUUAUUGCCAAUGUCAAGUCUGGGGAGACCCCCACUAUCUCACUUUUGGUGGUACACAGUAUGAUUUCUUCGAUAAUUGCACGUACACACUAGUUGAAGAACGAGUUCCCAAAUACAAUUUCUCAGUUCUAGUCGAUAAUUAUUACUGUUUUGAGGGCCUGCCCAUGUCUUGCGUGAGAGGGAUAGUCAUGUUUUACAAUGAAAGUGUUGUAACUGUUACAGAUGGGAGUCAGCACCUGAUAACUUUUGAUGGAGACAAUGUGGCUGUUCCCUAUAGUUUGAAUGGAAUUGACAUAUAUUCUAAACAGCAGACUGUAUAUAUUUCUAUUCCUGAAAUACAAGCUAUCAUAAUUGCUUUUGGAGAUUCCUUUCAAAUUAGAUUAUCACAUCUCUACUUUCUGAACAAUACUCAAGGACAGUGUGGCUCUUGCUUGGAUGACGUUGAUGACUGUAUGAAAAGGGAUAGGGAGGUGAUGCCAAAACACUGCUGCCACAUUGCUGCAAAUGACUGGAAGGUUCCUGACCCAAAUAAGCCAUACUGUCAAUUAACUCCUACAAAUCUUGGGUGCCCUGGUCCAAAAACUCCCUCUCCAACAUGUGAACCGGAAAAAACAAUUUGUAAACUACUUUUGGAAAAACCAUUUCAAGAUUGCAGGAAACUCUACAGUGAAGAAAUUGAUCGCUAUUACCACACUUGUCUCUUUGACCAUUGCCAUACAAACUCAACAAAAUUUGAUUGUUCCAGCCUGCAAGCUGCUGCCAUUGCUUGUAACGAUAGAGGUGUAUGUGUAGACUGGAGAAACUUUACAAAUGGAUAUUGCAAUUAUACCUGCCCUGGAGGUUUCAUUUAUAAGGCGUGUGAAACUCAGGACAAUGACCAGUGUGAGAAUAACAUGCUGAUCCCUGGCCAGAAAUUAUAUCUUGUGUCAGAAAGCUGCUUUUGCCCAAAAGGAAUGAUACUUUCUGAAAACAAGACCACAUGUGUUAGCUCAUGUGGAGGUUGCAUUGACAAUUCAGGAAAUCCUAGAGAAGAAGGAGAAAGAUGGUCUCAUCCCACAAAUUCAUGUACCAUCUUCAUGUGCUUGAAUUCUCAAGUUGUAAUUACAGAGAGACCAUGCUGUUGUAAGAAUGAAAGUUUCUGGGAGGAAGAUUACUGCUCACAUUGGUGUCGCAAUGAAACCAUUGGCAAUUGUAAAAUGUCAUUUACUUCCAAACAUAUCAUAACCAAAAAUUCAAGCUGUUCAGCAGAAGUUACAAUGACAAAAUGUGAAGGGAACUGUCCUGGACGUUUUGAAUUUGACACUAUUACAGACACCAUGAUAAAGGAGUGCAGCUGUUGCCAACCUACAAAUAUUCAGAAUAUGACAGUGAAUCUUAAAUGUGAAGAUGGAGGCAGCAUACCAUACACCUAUACUUACAUUACGGCAUGCAAGUGCAUCGGCAACACUUGUAACAGCCCAUUCUCUGUCUAAUUUUUUUUUGUUGUUGGGUGCAGCCUUAAGUGUGCAACUCCAUUGUUUCCAUUUGUGUGGCGACAAACACCCCUCUCAUGUAAGCGGCUGGUUUGUGCUUAGGUUGCCCAGAAACCUGGCGCUUACUGUGCAGUCACAUAGUUCAGAUAGAACACUGAUUAUACCAAUACACCUGCAUUUUAAAAAAUUUAUUGCUCUUCAAAACUAAAAUUAAAUCAAGCUUUCAGUUCUCAUCAUAAUGAUUUUCUUUGUGUACCACUUGUCAGGAAGAAAUGCCUUGGUAGAAAUGUUACAGAACUGCUUUUUAUUAAGGUAUAGGGGGAUUUUACAAUAUUUCUAUCAUACCUUAUAAACUUCUGAGAAAUUAAAACCAAUAAUUGCAUACAAUUAA